CCACUCAGAAAUACACGUUCAAUUUUCUACUUCAAAAUUUCAACAACAGCGGCAUUGCUGUGGUAGCUGCCUCUCAUGAACUCCCCUCCGUCUGUAUAUCGGCGUUCCAAAGCCGCUUCAUCGUCGCCGGUAGUCCUCUCUGAUGAACUCAUCUCCGAAAUCCUAUCAUUGCUUUCCGUAAAAACUCUAAUGCAAAUGAAGUGCGUUUGCAAGUCAUGGAAAACCACCAUCUCCGAUCCUUCCUUCGUCAAACUACACCUUCAGCGAUCACCACGGAACACACACCUCGCACUAAUGCCGUUAUGGUCCAUGCCUGACGAAGAAAUGGAUUUCAGUUUUGUUCCCUUCACCAUAAGUCGUUUAGUAGAGAAUCCGAAAAUCAGCAUUCCCUAUAAUCCUUACUACCGAUUGAAGGAUAUGGAUUGCUGUCAGGUAGUUGGAUCUUGCAAUGGUUUGAUCUGCUUGCUCGAUUUUGAUUUAACCGGUAAGUACCAAAAUAUCUCGCUCCGUUUUUGGAACCCUGCUAUUAAGACAAUAUCUGAUAAAUUAGGGUAUUUUAGCAAUGAUCGUCACAAUUGUGUAUCUGAGUUUUUCAGGUUCACAUUUGGUUAUGAUAAUUCAAGUGAUACUUAUAAGGUGGUGGGCUUUUGUGCCAACAAGGUGAAAGUUUUCAGUUUAGGUAAUAAUGUUUGGAGAAAUAUUCAAAGUUUUCCUGUUGUUCCUUUUGGCCUUUGUGCUAUUCGCCAUUGUCAUCCGUUUGUCAAUUAUGGUGUGCAUUUGAGUGGUACUAUUAACUGGUUGACUAUUCGAAAUAAGACUGAGUAUGAUUGGAAUGAUAUUACCAUUGAGCAAUUUGCGAUUGUAUCGCUUGAUUUGGGUACGGAGACAUACCGACAGUUGCUUCCACCUCCGGGUUUUGUUGAAGUGCCACCGGUUGAGCCAUCUGUCACUGCGCUGAUGGAUUGUCUUUGUUUUUCUUACUCUUUUAAGGGAACAUAUUUUGUUUUAUGGAAGAUGAUUGAAUUUGGAGUCCAAGAAUCUUGGAUUCAAUUCCUUAAAAUUAGUUAUCAGAAUCUUCAAAUUGAUUAUGGCAUUAGUAAUUGGCUAGACGUGGAAUAUGAUUCUCAAUUGUUCCUGUUCCCGUUGUGUCUUUCUGAGAGUAGCGACACACUGAUAAUGGCAAGCAAUCAAGAAAUCUAUCUAUAUGCGGAAGCAAUUAUCUAUAAUUGGAGUGAUAAUAGAGUGGCAAGAACUAGAUUUAAUGAUGAGAUAUUAUGGUUUUUUGCCAAGGAUUAUACUGAAAGCUUAGUUUCUCCUUUUUGAAAGACCACAACCUCAAAUUCUAUCUCAUCUGGCGUUAUUGAUGAUUGGAGGCGGGAUGGUAGAAAGAAAGAGAUAAAGAGGCUUAUUGGAGCCACAUUUUCAUCAGUUUUGAGAUCUUGGCCUGGCUGAAGAAUCCACAACUAUUGGAAGAGUUUAAACAUUUAGUUACAAAUACCACCACUAUGUGCCGAUAUUUUGAAGUUGUUUUGCGAUUUAAACAUAUUAUCUUCGAGGAAUCAGGUCAACAAAGAAUUAGAGGCUAUUAUUUUGAUUACAUAAAGAUCAAAUCCAACAUCAUUAAGUGCAAGGAGAUUGAGAGCGACAUGGCAACCUAUGGAAGUUGAGUUGUUCAAGAUGAGGUUGAUCAAAACUUUUGGAUACAUCAUUUUCGUUGGUUAGUUCAGUUCGACCUUAAUAUUUCACUUCAUAUGGAUACAUCAUAAGGCAAUAGUUAGACGUCGGUGUUCUUGCAUUAUAAAUUUGCUGUUCUGAUCCAUACAUUCAUCUAUUCUUUUUUAUAGAAACAAAAAGAAAAUCCCAUUCAGCAAUGAAA